CCGGGCACCGCGUUAGUCGUCGCAAAGCUCGUACAUUGUACGGUUGUGUACGCCGUACGUUCCGGUGCAACUCUAUUUAGUCAAUCGUCGUCGUCGUCGUCGUCACUGCGGUGGUCGUUCCAACUGCGGCGCGCACCGUCGUCUCGUUUUCCCCACACGCCCGUCCGGUCCUCCAAAACCGUCGACCGGGCCCUAGGGCCGCAAUGUACUUCGCCCUGGCCAAAACGCCGGGCGGCCGUCCGACGACCGUCACCACGGCCGCGAUUUCGGAAGACAGCCCGCGGACGUCCGCCGUCCCCGCGCCGUCCGUCUUCUUGCCGCACGCUGAGCCGUCCACGUCCCGGGGCGUCGGCACGAGCCCGGCCCCGUCACCGGGCCCUGAAGCCGACGGUCACAAGCAGCACGUCGACGGGCCGCAGUGCACGCUCGAAGACUACGACAUGUCGUCGGAUGACGAAUACGUGAGGUCCGGGUCCACGUUCAGCGUCGCGCUGGGCCAGUACGUUUUCCAGAGGAACUUGAUCGAAGAUACAUUUACUCCACCCCAAGACAGCAAAGCUGUUAUCGAAUAUGUAAAUUUGAAGUUUGUUGAAAACAAUUUUAGAUCAUUGGGGCUCGAUCAAAUGUUUGAUAAGAAUAAUAUAAUGCAAGCUGAACAAGAAUUUGAUUCGUUUGAAAUAUGGUUCUCUCGCGUGAGGGAGUAUGCUGUUGAUAGAGAAUUUAUCAGAGAUCUGCGUCUACCAUUGUUCUGUCAUCUUUAUUUGAAUCUAUAUGUUCCACGAAAUCAUAACCGUUUACAGGCAUUAUUGAAAAAAUUUGAAUAUUUGUUUACAAGUCCUAGAGGAGUUGUUUAUCUACAGGAAUUGAAAACUGUUACAAAUGUCUUAGAUUUAUCACCUCGACUUGCAUAUUUCAGACGAAAUAAAUUUGUAUAUGGUGUCUCUCCUAUGUUUAUAAGCAAUCUUUAUGAUUUUUUUCAUCCUCAUUUCAUGCUCAAAGUGGUGUUUCAAGAAUGGUUUGAUAUUAACUAUACUGCUUAUGAAGAUCCAAGAAUAAUAUUUGAUGAUUAUUAUGCAAAUAACCUAGUACGAGUAAAUAAUUUAGACAAAGCAAAUGCUCCGAAACAAAAUAAUAAUGUUAUUGCCAAUAAACCUGUAUUAUGUAAAAAAACACUGAAUUCAGCUCAAAAUAAGAACAACAAUCGAAAAGUCAAUAAUUCUGAAAAUGAUUUUUACAAUAAUCAACGCCCUUCUACAAGUAAAGAUUUUGUUGGACAUCAAAACUCUAACUCCAGUCAUCAAGGACCCAAUUCCAAAAAAUUUGCUAACAAAGAUGUUGAAGAUCCACAAAACAAUUUAACAAAUUCAGAACUAGAUGAAUCUACUGAAAAUUCUGAACAGUCUUCAUUGGAGGAUCAUUGCCUAGAACCAAGAUCUAGACGAUCAAAGAAGAAAAAUUUCAAAAGAAAACAUAUCAGACGUAACAGAGACAAUACUUCAUCGUAUGAACGAGAAUCAAGAAGACUUAAGAAAUUUUGCGGAGAAAAGUAUGAUGACACCAGUUCACAAAAUAAAUCAACAAGUCAUCAAGAAAAUUCAAAAUUGUCUGAAGAAUCAUCUAGAGAAGGACAAAGUUCAUGUAACCAGAAAGAAGUUGAAGAAGAAAGAAUAAUAUUACGGAUCUCGAGAAAGUCUAACAAAUUAAGCGUUAUUGUCAGUAAUGAGAAGAAAGAACCUAAUGAUUCCAAAAAUCCUAUGUUGGAGAAAUCAAGCGAAGAACAAAUAUCAAACGAUGGGAAAAAGUCUCGUAAUCUCCGAAAAAAACAUAAAUCAAGAGGCAAAAAAAAAUCAAAUGAAAUAUCAAAUGAUGAAGUACAAUUGCGGAAGAAAAUUAAAUCAAGUGACAGAAGAAAAUCUACUAGUGAUGAAAAUAGUCGUUUAUGUGAAAAAUCAUCUGAAGUAUCUGAUAAUGAAGAAAAAAAGUAUAAAAGACAAAAGAAAAAUAGUAGAAGCAAAUUUACAAGUGAUGAUAGUAACAUGCAAAUGAGUGAAAGCUUAUCUGAAGUAUCCGACAAUGAAGAAAAAAAGUUUAAACGACAAAAAAAAAGUGGCAAAAGCAAAUCUUCCAGCGACGAUAAUAUGAAUAUGAGUGGCUUGUCUGAUAUAUCAAACGAUGGUGAACAAAAGCAAAAACAGCAAAAUAAAAGAAGCAAAAGCAAAUUUACCAGUGAUGAUGAUAAUCAUACAUCUGAAAUAUCAAGUGAUGAAAAGAAUUUUCAAAAACCACAAAAGAAACAAAAAUUAAGAGGCAAUCAAAAAUUUGACAAUUAUACAGAUGAUAGUAAUUUAUCUGGAAGCUCGGCUGAAGUCUCAAGUGAUGACGAAAUUUCAAGCAGCAACAAUGAAAAUCAAAAAUCGAAAAACAGAAGAAAAUAUAAACACUCUGAUGAUAAUAGUAGUCUGAGUGGAAGUUCAUCUGAAGAUUCUUUGGAGGAUUCCAGUUCAUUGUAUUCAUCUUAUGAUGAAGAAAUUAUGAUGCAUAAAUUUGUUAGACAUGACAAAAAGUCAGCUCAACAUUUACGUUAUGAAACUUCACGUCGUUUAAAACAUAUAAACAUCACUAAAAUUGAUUUGAAAAACCUUGAUGAAGAUUGGUUUCUACGUACUACUAAACAAAUAAUCUUGAAAAAUUGUAGCAAAUUAUCAUGUUCUAUUUUGACUUCUGAUCUAAAGUUGGUUGCUGCUGGUUCAUUAGAUUCUUUAAUUUAUUUAUGGGAGAGACCUACUCAACAACCUGUACCGGAAAAAACUGAUAUUCUACAUACCAUUGGAAAUAUAAAUCCCAGCAAUUUUACAUCAUCAGUACAAGGAAACAAUUUGAUGGAAUAUUUGGACAAAAGUACAGCCUUUGUAUUACGUGGACAUGGUGGACCUAUAUUUGAUUUAGCUGAAUUACCAUCAGCUAAAAUCCUUCUCAGUGCAUCCAAUGAUAAAACUUACAGAGCUUGGGAUAUGGUAUCAAAACAUUGUUUAGAAGUAUACAAUGAACAUGAACACAGAACAUGGUGUAUUGCUGCUUGUCCAUAUAGCUUACAAGUAGCCACAGGAUCUUGCGAGGGCGCUAGCUGUUUAUGGUUUUUGAACUAUAAACGGCCAUUAAGAAUUUUUAUGGGUCAUCUCGAUGAUAUUUUGGUUCUAAAAUUUCAUCCAAAUCAAGUGCUCUUAGCUACUGGUUCAUCGGAUAAAACUGUUAGAGUAUUCGAACUUACAACUGGAGAAUGUCAUAGACUUUUAAUGGGACACUCUGAUUAUAUCACCUGUUUAGAAUUUAAUGCUCAAAAUCCUAAUUAUCUAGCAUCUGCUUCUGGUUGCGGGGAAAUAAUUGUAUGGGAUGUACCAUCUAGUGAAUUGGUAUGGAAGAUUAGAGUUGGCAACAUGUUAUUUUCGGAUCUGGCAUGGUUAACCAAAGAUAUAUUAUUGGCUUCGUUAACUAGUGGUAUCGUCUUGAAAUGUGACACUACGCUGAAUUAUGUAGAUUCUUUCUGUAAAGUAAAAGGAUUUGAAACUACAUUUGAUCGUCUUAUGUCUUUACAAAUGUUCGACAAUACAGUAUAUACAAUUGGCAUUCCUGAUAAAUCAGGUGGUCUUAAACCAAUACCUAAAAGAAACAAAGAGAAAUCUUCACAAAUGAAAAAUGAACAAAAAUCACAUAGAGAAUCUUCACCUUUAUCUAAACUAUUUUUCCCGCAACAUAUUAUUGAUAACGAUGGAAAUUCAAUGAAACCUUUACGUGGACUGAGUUCGGCUGUAUCGAAUCCUCCUUAUAAUUAUGAAUAUCAAUUGAAUACUAAUGAUCAAUUUAAAAAAUCAACACCACCAAAUUUUUUGAACAUGAAUUUAAGAUCUGCACCAUUUAAUUUAUCUGCUGAUGAAAUAUCUAAAUUACGCCCCGAAUAUCUAUCAGAAAAUAUACGAUUAGUACCAGCAGUAGCUAUAACUAAUAAUCUUCAAAAUGCUUACCUAUUGCCAAUUCAACAAAAUGUUCGAACAACCAGUCAAAACUCUACUAACAUCCAUUCAACAAAUGAUCAGUUACCGAGUACGAGUAAAUCACAUAAAAUAAAUAAAACUCCAGGACCAUCUAAGUCAAAAAUAACAACAGCAAAACAACAUAACUUUGGUAAUAGUAGUUUAACAAUGCAUACAAGUAUUCAACACAUGCAAAUAAAAACAACUACAGUUAAAGAACAACUGCAUAUAGAUGAUCAGCGAGAAACCAAUACGUUAGUCCAACAGUAUCUACAAACAACUAGCACAAGUAUUCAUAAGCAGCAAACUUCAAACCUAAUGCAAGUUACACGUUCUGGGAUGAGCUCUCAAUUACUUCAGAAUAGCAUUGUGCAGCAAGAGCAGCAGCAACAGAGUGUGGGAAGUAAUGUAAGUGUAACUGGGACAAAUGUUCAACAGCAGCAGUCAUUACAACAGAUGCGGUCAAAUACAAAUUUAACCAAAGGGAAUGUUCAACAGCGCUUAUCCUCUCCACAAACAAAUAAUCGAUUGUCUAAUGCCAACAUUACUCAACGUCCAUCUCCUAGACAAAGCCCUAAUAAAUCAUCUUCUUUGGACUAAACGUGCACAGGUCAACAAACUCGCAUGCCUUGAUGACUGAUACCACUGAUGAUUGGUAAGCUUGGUUCAAGCUAUUUAAUGAUUCUGAAUUAAAAAAUAUAUACCUCUACUUACUACUUAUUUAGAUAUAAUUAUUUUCCAAUAUUUAAUUCUUAGUAUUUGUAAUCAUAAGUUAUACACUAUUUAUACAUUUUAUAUUUUAUCUUUUUAAGUAAAACAAAACUAUUACAAUUAUUAUUUUAUUUUUAAAUUUAAAUUAUACUUUAAUUUAUUAUACUACAUCCGCGGUUUUUAAACCUAUAUUGGCUCCCAGGGGCAUCAUAGGUUAUUAUCAAGGAAGCUUUAUCUGCAGUAGAUAAUGUUUAAUUGUUUAUUUUAUUAUUAUCAUUUAUAUUGGAGGCAUUUAAAUUGCUUUCAAAAAUGAAAAAACCAGGAAACAAAAGAUUGAAAACCUCUAUAAUACACUAUU